CUGGACAUUGGUGUACACUUUAUGUUGGCUUGGAGUGGAGGUUGAAGGCAUUACAGUUUAAACCGACAGGAUAUAUACAGGCAGGAGGAACGUCACACCACAACACAGACUGAAGCCAUGAGUGUCAUCAACAUCGGUCCAGACCCGUCUCUGGCGUAUCGGCCAAAUUUGGAGAAGAAUGCAACCAAAGAGAAAGAAGACUACAGAAACUUUGAGAGUGGAAGUCUAAUUGACCGUGUGUUCAAAACAUACGACUUGAUGCACACCAAUCAGACGCUGGAGUUUGUGAAACAAAAGCAUUCUGAAUGGAGCGGCUGCAACCACACUCAGAUGACCAUGAUGGAUGCAAUCAUGUCUCUAGACCAGCUGGUGGAUGAGUCCGAUCCUGAUGUGGACUUCCCCAACUCCUUCCACGCCUUCCAGACGGCUGAGGGCAUCCGCCAAGCACACCCAGACAAAGACUGGUUCCAGUUGGUGGGUCUGAUCCAUGAUGUUGGGAAGAUGAUGGCUCUUUGGGACGAACCCCAGUGGGCUGUAGUGGGAGACACCUUCCCAGUGGGUUGCAAGUUUCAAAACUCCAUUGUGUUCAGAGACAAUACCUUCCUGAAUAAUCCAGAUGAUAAAAACCCCAGCUACAACACUGAGUACGGCAUCUAUGAAUCAAACUGUGGGCUCGACAACGUCUUCAUGUCCUGGGGUCAUGAUGAGUAUCUCUACAGAGUCAUGAAGUUCAACAACAGCUCCAUCCCAGAGGAGGGCUUGUACAUGAUUCGCUUCCACUCAUUCUACCCCUGGCACUCCCACGAUGACUACAUGCACCUGUGCAACGACAAAGACCUGCGCAUGCUGCCCUGGGUCCGAGAGUUCAACAAAUUUGACCUGUACACAAAGACCUCCGAGCUGCCUGACUUGGACAAGCUGAAGCCGUACUACCAGUCUCUCAUUGACAAGUACUGUCCUGGAAUACUGAAGUGGUGAAACAGACACUGAAUUCAGCAGCAACACUAUAAAGACACAGAGAGUGAUUACAUGAUGUUGAGUACCUCAGAAUGAUUUGUGUUGGUGCUUUAUAAUAACACUAAAGCUGGAUUUACUAUCUCCUGUACGCACAUAUUAAUUAUUAUACUGAUUGUAUAUUGACAAUUCAAGCUAUCAAAACGACAUAUGAAUCAUGAUUGUUACACCUUUUCAGAUAAGAAUUGACAGAGAAGCAUUUCUAUUUUAUUGUACUUUAAUAUGUGAUUUUAAAAAAACAUUUUAAAAAUUUUCUACACCAAA